AUGACGGAUUUCAAGAGCUCACUCCGGCAGCGCAAGACUAAGACCAUGUCUCCUCUGAACGUCCACAAGAAACGCUCCAAUGCUUCUGGAUCUACACGUAACGUACCAGACUCUCCACUCUUUCAUCCUCAACGUGGUUUACGGCCUUAUAAUACCUUCCGCGUCUCACGUGGAAGCGAAAUCGAAGGGCUUUUGUUAUUUCCAGAGCAACCACGUCAGAUUCUCGUUCUUUUUCUCGUUGUGGCUGGUUUUUCCUACUAUUCGUUCACCCACGAGUCUCAGGAUCAAGUCCAGAAUGUCCGUAAUGCACUCUUUGCUGCUAUUCUCGUGUUUCUAGUCUACUGUUUCCUGCAAACACGAGAUGGAUUAAUGAUGCGUCCACAUCCAGGAGUUUGGAGAGUCGUGCAUGGUUGUUCCGUAGUGUAUCUACUACUUUUAGCAGCCAUGUUGGUGCAAAACAGACAGAAUGCAAUGAAAGCCAUGCAGUUUUUGUUUCCAGAGACAGGUAAUCGACCCAUGACGACCUCGAGCUCUGGACAAUUGCAGUGUGACAUUAAUUCAGCGUCGUUGACUCGUGGAGUAACGAGCAUUUGGUUCUUUGCACAUGUGACGGGCUGGUGGGGUAAAAUGUGCAUGUUCCGUGACUGGCGAUUCUGUUGGGUGCUCAGUAUCGCCUUUGAAAUUCUAGAACUUGCAUUGCAAUUUGUCAUUCCAGAUUUUAAAGAGUGUUGGUGGGAUUCAUUGUUGCUGGAUAUGCUUGGGGCAAACAUGCUCGGUAUGUGUCUUGGUCGCGUGACAUUGUGGCUCUUGGAAUCAAAAGAUUACGAUUGGUCUGGUCGUCGGGGCAAGAAGUUGGGUUACUUUCGUUUGGCACUAAAUCAGUUCACCCCUUUCAGUUGGGAACAAUAUCACUGGGAAGUCUUUUCGAGUUUCAAGCGAUUUGCAGAGAUUGUGUUUGCCAUGUUAAUGUGUCUCAUUACAGAACUAAAUGCAUUCUUCAUGCUGACAACAUUGAGCAUUCCGAAAGAGAGCAACUAUAACUCGUACCGCCUCUUUCUCGUAUUCAUGCUCGGAAUCCCUGCAGCUGCUGAGUACUACGAGUUCAUUACAAACCCAGAAUGUUGGCGCUUAGGCCAGAAUACAUGGAUGAUUCUGUCCAUUGCUACCUUUGAGAUUCUGGUAUGGGUCAAAUUCUCAGCAAACGGCGUGUUGUUUGUACAACCACCUCCAGUUCAAGUGCUGUAUCCGAUCCUAGCAUUUAUCAUCAUGUUUUCAAUCUGGGUCGUGCUUUUCUUCCGAAAUGUGCGACAUCAACCGACAUCUCGCAUUUCACGUCGACUUGUUACUGGUUGGGGCUACCUUGAUGUGCUGUUUUGGGCAUCAUUUACUCCAUUGAUCAUCUUGACGUCACAAUGGGCAUUUUAA